GUUGAGAGGGCAGGAGAGUUUACGAGAGCAUAAAAGCACCGGACCAAGAAAACUGCGACCGUUGUAUUCAACGGAGUCGUUGCUUUAAUACCUAAUUUUAAAAAACUCUUAUUUUUUUUUUUUAUAAUACAUAUAUUAAUUUUUAAUUAUUUAUAUUUGUGACAGUGUGACAUUUAAAUCUCGUACCAUCAUGGGACAUCCGCCCCGGCUUAUGUCCGCGGGUCUAAUCACCGCUUUUUUUGCAUGUCUUUUUACAACCGCCUUUGCAAAUCAAUGUACAGUUGGAUGCCAUGGAAUGCAAACAAGUAAAGGUUACACACAAGGACACACAUACAUGUAUGAAUACGAAGGAACAUCGGUAACUUCAGUAAGCGAAGUUGAAGGCGACUCGAGCGUAAAACUCAGCGCAUUAGUUGAAUUAGCCGUCAAGCCAGACUGUAUUCAUCAAUUGAGACUGAAAAAUGUCCGCGUUAACGGUGCUCCGGUACCGCAAAAAGACGUGGAAAAAUACGCUUUUCAGUUCAAUUACCAUGACGGCCACAUUGACACAAGCGUUUGCACGGAACCCGAAGACUCCCAGGCGUCUCUUAACAUCAAACGUGCCAUUUCUUCGCUGUUUCAAUCCGCCGUGAUGCAGGAUUCCGGUGUAACGACACACCGGGAGACAGAUGUAUUUGGUACCUGCCAAACGGACUUUGAGUUCCAUCAUGAGGGCGAUUCAACAACCGUACGAAAGUACAAGAACCUCAGCAAGUGUUCGCACCGGGAAAAUAUACGCCACGCUUUGAUAAAGGCCAUCUAUGAUGAGACAUCAGACAUAAAAUCCUCACCGGUUCUUGAUUCCGAGCAGCAAAUUGAGCAGGUUUUCAAACAAGGCGUUCUUCAAUCUGCUAAAUCUGACGAAACUUACAAAUACCGUCCAUUUUCUAAUGCCGACACUGGAGCCAAAACAACCGUUCACUCAACUUUAACAUUCAAAUCCGAUAACGCUGACCCCGCGGCAGCCGCUCCAGUAUCUCGGCCCAGAUCAUUGAUAUUCGAAAAUCCUCAUCCAGUUACCGAGUCAUCGUCCCCGGAGGCAAUAAUGUCCGCAUUGAAAGAAGUCAAAGAAGAAGAAACACCCGAAGGAGUCAAAGAUGGCGUUGCCGAAAAAUUCGGCGCGCUCGUUAAAGUUCUUCGUAAAAGUUCCAAAAAUCACAUGCUGUCGGCCUACAAUAAAGUCAAGGCUGGAGUAAGUGGCUUUGACAAAAAUACCGACAAAAAAAUUCUUAUCGAUGCUCUGUUUCGUACAGGAACAGGUGAUUCAGCAGAAGUUAUUAUUGAACUAAUAAAUAACAAAGAAAUUACUGGUUUAUAUCUGUUAGCUUAUUACGCAAGUUUGUCGCUGAUUAAUCAUGUAAGUUUGCCAACUAUUACUGCAGUAACGACACUUUUGAACCGUCCAAAACUCCCUCGCAUUGCGUAUCUGGGAAUCGGUCGCGUGAUUGGUAAAUACUGUCAGGAACAUGACUGCGAAAAUGCCGAUGAAGUUAAAGCUGCACUUGCUAAAAUAGCUACUAAACUGAGCAACCCUAAGCCCGAUAAUCGUGAUCAGGAGACCAUCAUCAUUGCUGCAUUGAAGGCACUUCGUAAUGCUAAAUAUCUUGAUGAUCCGACGAUAGAUAAGAUAAUGGGAAUUGUUAAUGAUAAAACAGUACAUCCGCGAGUACGUGUUGCUGCUAUUGAAGCCCUUACUGCUAAAUGUUCACCGAAAUGGGAGCACCCACUUCUGAAAGUAUUUGGCGACAAAGAGGAAGACAGUGAGAUAAGAAUAAAAGCAUAUUUAAGUUUAGUUGAAUGUCCAGGAGGGAAAAUUGCCAAUGAGUUGAAGAAAAUAAUUGACACUGAAACAGUUAAUCAAGUUGGAUCUUUUGUGACAAGUCAUCUGCGUAACUUGCGAGCAAGUACUGAUCCCAACAAGCAAAAUGCCAAGAGGCAUUUCGGCGAAUUGCGACCGCGCACUAAAUUCCCUGAGGACUUCCGUAAGUUUUCAUUCAAUCGUGAGUUCUCAUACAACAUUGAUACUCUUGGUAUUGGUUCUGUUGCUGAGCAAAAUGUAAUUUACAGUCAAAAGAGUUUCGUACCACGAUCUGCUAGUUUGAAUUUAAUUACUGAAUUGUUUGGACGGUCGUUCAAUUUCUUGGAGAUUGACGCUCGUUCUGAGAAUUUAGAUCGUCUUAUUGAGUAUUACUUUGGUCCUAAAGGUCUCAUAAAACGUAAAGAAGCUGCGGAGUUGAUUAGUGAUGGUAAGGAAAAUUUUGAUGAAGCUUAUAAAAAUGUAAAAGAUUUCGCUAACAGAGUAGGUCGCAAUCGGCGUACUGUCAGCCAGGCUGAGUUGGAUGAAUUCGCACGCAAAGCACGGCCACAAGAAACUGAAGUCGAUGAUAGUUUGGAUAUUGAUAUCUCAAUUCGUAUGUUCGGCGCUGAACUGGCCUAUCUCGAUUUACAAGAAAAACCAGGAUCUCACAAUUCAAAUACUGCGAUGAACAACUUGAUGGAUCUCAUUGCCCAAAUCUUUGAUGGAAUGAAAAACAUCAAUGUCCAAAACACACAUCACAAUAAUUUCAUGGACAUGGACUUGGUUUAUCCAACUGGUUUGGGAUUCCCGCUUGUCGUUGGUGUUGAAGGUAAUGCAGUAACUCAGAUAAAAGCCAACGGAAACAUUGAUAUGAAACACAUCAUGAAAGACCCGAAAAAUGCGGUAGUAAAAAUUGGAUUGGAACCUAGCGCAAAUAUUGCACUGGAAGCCAGUUUAAUGAUGGAAACAUUUGACACUGAAUCAGGUCUAAAAAUCAUCAGUCGUAUGCAUACAUCAACUGGCUCAGACUUUUCACUGAAGGUAUUGGACGGCAACGGGGUUGAGGUUAAUUUCGGCGUACCCAAGAAGAAGCAAGAGAUCAUCAGUCUGUCGAGUCAGGUCUUCUUCGUCGACGGAAAGGGAAAUUUGAAGGCUCCGAAAUUCUCUUCAGGCAAACAGCACAGCGACUGCUUUGACCAGUUUUCAAAAAUAUUGGGCGUUACUGUCUGCGGACACUUCUCGUAUCCUUAUGACAGCAUUGACGCUGUUCACAAGAAGCCUCUGUUCCCACUUGGAGGACCAGCCAAGUUUUCAAUCAGCAUUGAAAACAACGACGCGACCAGCUACUGGUUUAAGACUUACUACGACAAGAGCAAACCUGACGAGCGGUCAUUCGAGAUGACUUUUGAUACACCAAACAGUCGUACCAAAAGACGAGUUGCUUUGCGUAUUGAAGCUGCAAAUAAACCGGAAGAGAAGUACAUUAAGGCUUCUUUGGAGUCACCAAUAAAAACAAUCAAUGGUGAAAUAAAGCUCGAGAAUACCGACAAGAAGAAGGCACUUUCGGUGGUGGUUAAUCACGAUUCUGAUGAGUACCGUGCGACUGUAGGUCUUCAGGCUGAUGGCAACAAAUACAAGCCUAUUUUGGAGUACAAAAUUCCAGACCAUAUUGAAAAACUGAGCGGUUCCACGAGUGGAAAACCCGUCUACCGAGUAGAAGGUGACAUUGGAGUUGAUAACCAAGAUGGCGGUAAAAAAUACUCGUUCAAUCAGGUAUCGUUGCUUGCUUCUGACAAAAAAAUUCUUGGUCUCAAUGGUUUCGUUGCUAUUAAACCAGACGCUAUUAUGGUGGAGACUACAGCUUCGCACAAUGAUGAAAGUGUGAAGAUUAGUUUCGACGGGAAACGAUUACCUGAAGGUUUUGACACAAAUCUUGCAGUAAUACCUUCGAAAAAUCCGGAAGUCGGUUUCCAAGUCCUUUGGCACUACGACCGUGCUAACAAUUUGAUUGAUCACAGCUUUGUAGUAACUUAUGGCCCAGACUUAAAUUCAAAAGUCAACAGAUUCGCGAUCACUGAUCGCUUGGAGUACAAGAAAAAUGACAAGCCAAAUCAUCCGUAUGAUUACUUUACUUCGCUUAAAACAAAGUCUGAAAUAACAUGGCCCGCUCAAGAAGUGUCGGCUAAAUUUGAAAAUGAAGUAUCAUCCAACAAUUGGGAGUCGGAAUUUGAUGUCAAGUAUGGUAAAUUUAAAAUAGGCAGCGAAAUUGAGAUAAAAGUCGAACCGGGAGCGCCACAAAAUUGGGAAGCAGGUUUCGAAGCUUACAUGAUGGACACCAAAAUUUCAAUUGAAGGCAAACACAAAAAAUUAUCCGAGUUCAAGCACAAAUUCGAUGGUAAACUUGAAUUACCUGGUAGUAAAUACGAGGUAGAUUUGCAGUCAGAGUGUCAGAUGGACGAUCAAAAAAAAAAUAUACAAUUUUUGGGUGACUUUAAAAUAAAUGGUAAGAGUUUCAAAGUCGAUUACGGAUUGAAUGCUAAUCCGACUCAUAUAAAUAAUCAUGCUGUUGUUUCUCUGGAAAAUGCUAAGUAUUUAGAUUACUUACUGGACGUACAGAUGGGUCCUAAAGCAUUCGGCAAGCUUAAUUUAAAUGUUAAGAACAUUGUGUCCGCCAAUGGCCAGUACAAUUAUCAGAACGGCAAAGGAACUGGUAACCUUAACAUCAAUCUGCUGACAAUGAACCGCAAGAUGAAGGCAACUGGAGACAUAAACGUAACUGGAGCUCGACAUGUUGGUAACUUUGAAAUAAAUUUCGACGAAAAAGAUCCCAGCAAGUCAAUAAAAAUGUCCACCGACACGGAAAUAGAAAAGACCGCGAUCAACUCAAAGAACUCAAUCGAGUUCUUUACACACAAGUACGAAGUCAAUGGCAAAGGACACUUCAAACGGACCGCGGAGAAUGGCUAUGACUUUAAUCUUGAGGGACAAGCAACUCUGCCCACUGGAAGACAUUUUGUUAUUGAAGGUAAUCAGGUUGUUGAUCGUAGCCCCGAUAAGUCCACAACCAAGGGUACCUACAAUUUGAUGGACUACGAAAAGAAAGGCGGUGAACACCGUAAAUUGAGCUACGACUUCACUAUCGCUCUCGUAGAACCUCUGAGACACGAAUACGACUGCCAACAUACUAUGAAAUUCGUUAACCGUGACGGCAAAGAUGUAAAUCUGUUUAUCAGUACAAAGCAUGCGGAACUAAAAGACAACAAACAUGAUUGUGAAGUAAAAGUAAAUCUCAAAGGUGCUUAUUUAGUGAAGCCAUUUGAUUUCAAUUUGAAUGCCAAGUACGCUGAUAGAAAAGAUAAAACACCAGGAAUGAAUGGCUUCUGGAAAAUAGACUCCUCAUUAGGCAGCGAUUUGUCCUUCAAGGGAACUGGAGAUUUCCAUGACAGCGAGAAUCCAACGGACCCACACGUUGCCAAAAUGGACCUUGCUUUCGUUUUUCCCAGUGAGAAAUUACGCAAUCUUAAGUACAGCGAGUUGCAAAGCAUUUUGGUGCCUGAUGAAUCAGGAAACAAUAAGAUCGAUUAUAAGAGUUCAUAUAUGCUGACUUAUAAUGACGACAAAACUAUUAAGGCUGAGGUUGCUGCCAGCCAGACUGGAGUCAAGCGGGGCGAGGUAAAAGAAGGCAAAGGACAUGUUUCAUUAACUGUUUUAGCCUACCCGCCUCUAACUGUUGAGACUUCUUUCAAACAUGAUCCUACUGGUGAAAUUAAAAAGGGCUCGGGAACGCUGUCUGUCAAUUAUGGAGACGCUAAGACCACUGGAGAAUUGGAUACCGCUUACAAUAAGGAUCUUAGUGACGUUAAAAUUACUGCCAAGGCUACAGUGCCUAUGGAAAAAGUUGAUACUGUUGAAUUUGGACUGGCUCACAAACGGGAGAAAGACGGCCCGUGGAACAAUGACAUAUAUGUCAAAGCGGAUGAUAAAAAAUAUGGAAUAAAUAGCGAGUUUGAAAUGAAUCCUUCUUUACAUCGGGCUCAUUUUAUCAUAACCUGUCCGAGUGGUAAAUUCGAUUUGUCGGCUAAGGUUAAUAAGCUCAGUGAAACUGAAUACAAAGGAGAAUGGAAGAUUGAUUCAACUGGCUACGCUAAAGGGUUCGCGAUUGCCGAUGGUCACGUUAAAUUCGAUAAUAUCGAUAGUUUUAUUAUUGAAAUUAAUUUUGACAGUGACAAAGUUCAACAUCGUAAGAUUCACGCUGAAAUUACUACCGCUCCAGCAGUUAAAACUGGCAAACGCAUUGUUCUGACCGUCACCAGUGAUGGAAAGAAUAUUGUUGUUGGAAGCACAAACUAUAGCAAACGCGACGAAGCAGGUACGGUGAUCGUCGAGGGCAAUGGAAACCUACAAAUUGGUGAGAAUUCACGUAGCUUGAAAUUUACUUACUCUCGUAAACAAUUGACACGUGAAAAUGACGGGCAAGUUGGUACGGCGAUACUUCUUAAUGCCAAUUUCGGACCCUCGGCUGUUGUGGGAGAGCUCAAACUCUCGGACAAGGAAGUACUUGUGUUCAACAGCUACUGCGAGCAGAGCAAAGACUGUGCCCACUUUAAACUACAGUCUACAAUGGACACUGACCACAAGACACGCCUGGAUCAUCAGAUAACUGUCGAAGUUGACCUAAAGAAAUUCAAUGUUCCUGUUGAAUUCGGUUUGAAAACAACAACCAAAUACUUUGCUGAGAAAAUGACAUUCGACCAUGCAGCCAACUUGUAUCUCCACACGUCCAAAGACAAGACCCAGUACUCGUCACAGAUUUACUCCCAUCCAAAAGAAUCUGCAGUGAUACUAACUCUUCCAAGCCGCGAAUUAGCUCUAAUUGCUACUGUCGACAUUCCGCAAUCAAAGACACCAAUGGGUCCCUACAAAAUUGACAUCUCGGCGUAUCUAGAUCGCAAGAAUCAUCCGAAUGACAAGACUAGCUUCGUAGCAAAUGGUGAUAUCAAUGUAGAGAAGAAUGCUGCAACUAUUGCCGGAGAUGCGCGCUUUAUUUAUCCAUCUCAACCCAAGGAAUUGAUGGUCAAAGGAAAACUUCAUUAUGGAGGCGAACAUUUGUUGGACGCCAACGUAGAUAUCGAUCUCUUUGCUAAGAAAGCUCAAAAAAUAACCAUAGUAACUCACAUUGUAAAGCACGAGAUCCCGAAAGGAUACAAUAUAACGGGUGCAUUUGAAAUUGGAAGUCGCGGCCAACAGCUCAAAGUAGAUCUCCAGCAGCAUUUAGUUUUAUCAACUUCUGAAGUAGGCUUCGGUUCCUUCUUGUCAUACACUGACAUCAAUCAGAAGCCACGAAAUGUCGGUUCACUCUUCUCAUUAAAUCUUCACGGAGCUCAUCUGCUGAUCCAGGGUCCAGACAAAGAUCUACUAAGAGCUGACACAACCAUGGAAUGGUCAAAGAAUCUACAGAAAAUCGAGACCGAGUGUUCACUACUCGGUAACCCGCCAGUAGUUGUCAGCUUCGAAGCUCAUGACUUAAACAGCUUCAAGUACCAGAGUUACCAGAAAGACAAGCCAGACACCAAACUGUCAAUCAACGGACGGCUCGUUGUCGGCCAAGUUGCUGAGUAUCACGCGGACUUUUACAAGAAUGGUGAGAAGAAGAAUUUGUUCAGCAUCGGGAUUUAUUUGGACGAAAGCAGAUUCUUGAAGCCUACAUUCGCUUAUCAGAAAGAUAACGUGGCGAUGACUAUUGAUUUCUACCGCGAAUUGUCUGUGAAACGUAUUGAGCAACUGAAGGAAGUAUUCAAAGCAAUUAGUAAUGAAGCCAAUACAGAAUUCCGUGACCUGUUUGAGCAUUUAAAGAAAGCGCAACCCAACUGGAAACCUGCAUUGGAAUACUAUCAAGCUGAGCUGAAAAAAUUGGAGCAGGAGUUGAAUGCCGACACUACUGUCAAAGAGAUCCAAGCGACUUUGAACAAAGUUUUCGGCGGGUUAAUCAAUGCGAUCACUCAAGUGGUCAGUCAGUUUAUGAAACGCGCAGCUGAAUUAAACAAACAGAUCCACGAAAUCGCUGAUAAAAUAAACGACGCGUUACAAGCUGUUUAUCCGCGUAUCAAGAAGUCAUUUGAUGAAAUUUUACAUGCGGGUAUUGAAGUUACUGAUGCAGCUUCUAAAUUAGCCGCCACUUACAUCAAAGCAAUCCUGGACAUUGUCAACCAGCAUCAAAAAGAAAUUAAAGAAAUUAUUGGUUUGGUCAGCGAAUUGGUACACGAUAUUGCUAAAAUUGUGAUGAAAGGUUACGUACAAAUCGAACAUGAAGUUCAGAGCUUCAUUAAACUGACGACCGAACAAAUUCAAGCUCUGCCGGUUUAUGAAAUGAUCAAGGAAAAGUAUCAGGAGUUGAUCAAGUUCAAAAUACCGGAUGCGAUAUUGAUGCCUAUUGAAGAAGCAUUCAAUCAAUUGAAACGCAUGCUACCCACUGAAGAGCUAAGAGAAUUCUUCAAUGCACUGUACAGCUACAUCAUGAAGCACUUGAAGCACCAGAAAGUUGACGAUGGAACUGAAAUUAAAAACAUAUAUGGCCACGCCGUGGAAGCUACUUAUUCAGUCAUAACAUUACUUAAGAACCGCGGCAAUACUGAUCAAUUCUUAGGACUCAUUGACAUCAGAUUGCCGAGUUAUCUAGGUUACGUUAAAGAUCUACCCGGGGUUCCGAUCUUGAGAGUCUCAUUGAUCAAUUUAAUACGCAACCACGAAUUGCCAUCUAUUAUGGAUGUUUAUCAUGCGUACCGUCCAACUUUGUACCCCAGUGACAUCAUACCGCCUUUCAGUAAGACCGGAAUCGUCGUCGAGGGUGGACACUUUUUCACAUUCGACGGCCGCCAUCUUACACUGGCUGGUACUUGCGACUACGUAUUGGCUCAGGAUACUCGUGAUGGAAACUUCUCAGUCGUCGGUACCUUCAACAGCGGCAAGCUUAUCAGUGUUACUAUUACCGCUCCUGGUGAAAGUAUUACUCUUAAGAAUAAUGGCAACAUCCUGGUUGAUAAUAAGCCAGCAGAAUAUCCAGCAAGUACUAAAAACUUACAUGCAUUCCUUACACUUCCAAUUGUCAACGUUAAAUCAGAUUACGGUGUUCAUGUCGCAUGUAGCCAGAAGGCACCAAUGAUUUGUAGUGUACGAGUAUCUGGAUUCUAUCAUGGUAAACUACGUGGUAUAUUUGGUGAUGCUGAUAACGAACCUUAUGACGACUUUACUUUACCUUCUGGUCAUAUAACGGAGAAGGAGGACGAGUUUGGAAAUGCAUAUAAAUUAAAUCCCGGAUGCGCAGCAGCACCCGCGGUAGACCAUCAUCACCAUCAAAGAAACCCCAAGUGCACGGAAUACUUUUCUGGGUCAUCGUCAAUGAGUUCUUGCUUCAAUUACGUUAACCCUGGAAUUUAUCGACAGGCUUGCGACCACGCAAUGAGUGCUGAUACACCACGUGCGGCUUGUUUAAUAUCCGCUGCUUACUACGCUGCUUGUCGUAAAGAACGUGUCUAUAUUGCGAUACCCGCUGACUGUGCGAGCUGCAAAGUUGGAAAAGAUGAAAUAUCCAUAGGGAAUACUUUCAGUGUAAAGAUACCCAAGAAAGAGGCUGAUAUUGUUUUUGUCGUCGAACAGGAUAGUAAAAAUGAAAAAGUUUUCCACGAGCUUAUUGUUCCGAUGAUCGCAGAGUUGAAGACUGAGUUGGGACAACAUGGAAUCACGGAUGUUCAUGUCGGACUUAUUGGAUUCGGCGAGCACAUGAAGUGGCCCCAGCACUACACAACCGGUGGUAGCAUAAAUAUCGAUGGGGAUGUCAAGAACAUUAACUUUAGCCCAAGCACACCGCUAAUAAGUCUAGAAGAGGCUAAAGAGGGUGAUGCAAAAACACGUCUCAAGUACGCUAAGCAGAAACUUGACAUUGAAUUGGGCACUUUUAAACUCACUGAUGCUUAUGAGGAAGCUAUUCAUUAUCCAUUCCGUGCCGGCGCCGUCAAGGUUGUCGUUGGUGUAAUCGCUUCUCCUUGUGAAAAGAGCCCGCUUCCUCUUUCACUUCAGCACUUGCGGCUGUUCAUGGGCGAAAAGAUUUACCGCGACUUGGGAGCGACUUAUUAUCACGUCGGUUAUCUUAAUGACAUUUUAGUGUCAGGUAAACCCCAGAAAAAUGUCGUAGGAUUUGAUGCCGAGUCUGGGUACACAUUUGCUGACAAUAAAAAGAAACCACUUGAAGGAAGCAUUGAUAAAAAUAAUCUGGUUCUUACUAAUAAAGAUGUUUGCGCUGGAUUUGCUGUUACUUCCGGAGGUGCAGCCUUCAGUUCAAACCAUUUCUUAGACGCAAAACCAAAUCAAAAGAAACAAUUUAUGCAGAUAAUGGCGCGUCGAUUGGCCGAGGGAAUUACCGAUACUGAAUUACAGGAGGAUUGUGUAUGCAAACAAAUGUUUGGACUUGAUGGACACAGUUACUGUAAAAUAGUAGGCCGCAAAGAAUCAGCAAAACACACAAAAAGUGGCUCGAAAAAAUAAAUUUAAUUUAAAAUAAUUGAAUACAAAACAAAAAUAAUUAAUAAAUAUCUUCUGAUUGGCUCUAAUGGAGAUGUUUAAAAAUAAUAAUAAUAACGAUAAUAAUAAUAAUAAUAAUAAUAAUAUUAAUAACUAUGAUAAUUAAUUUUUUUUAUUAUACUUUACUGAUAUACUAAAUAUAGAAUCUGACGAUGGCUUCUGUAUUGCGGCGGAAGGAUAAUUUGUUUUUUUUUUUUAAUUAUUAUUUUAAAUUAAAAAAAAAGCGCUCUUGUACGAUACAACUAUGUAGAUUAUGUCUCAUUUUGUGAAUAUCUAUAAUAAAAAUCUAUAUAAAUA